AGUUGCAAGGCAACGCAAGGAAAAAGGAGUCUGGUUUUGGUUUGGUUUGGUGCAUGGCGAUGAUUUGGGGCGAAAUUGCAGUUUAGGGUUUUCAAAAUUGAAAUUGAGUUUGCUUUGAUUCGGUACUAAUUAUUACAGAGACGACGAAGAUGUAAUCUGAAGGAAGGAUCUUGCUUUCUUUCUAGGGUUUCAACACAACAUGAAGGGACUGUUGGAUCGAACCAAAGUGGUGCUUCGCCACUUGCCUCCUUCCAUUUCCAAGGCCGCUCUCGUCGAUCAAGUCGACUCUGUCUUUGCUGGUCGCUACAAUUGGGUCUCCUUCCGUCCUGCCAACAGCAGCCAGAAGCAUUCAUUUUCUAGAGCGUACCUUGAUUUCAAAAGACCAGAAGAUGUUAUUGAAUUUGCCGAAUUCUUUGAGGGACAUGUGUUUGUUAAUGAGAAGGGCAUCCAGUUUAAAACUAUUGUUGAGUAUGCCCCUUCACAACGUGUUCCAAAACAAUGGUCGAGAAAGGAUGGACGUGAAGGAACUAUAAACAAAGAUCCUGAAUAUCUGGACUUUCUUGAACUCCUUGCAAAGCCUUCUGAGAAUCUUCCCAGUGCAGAAAUACAGUUGGAGAGAAGAGAAGCGGAAAGAGCUGUUUUAGGUGUUGGGAAAGACAUUCCUAUAAUAACGCCACUGAUGGAUUUCGUUCGUCAAAAAAGAGCUGCAAAGGGUGGAUCUCGGAGGUCACCAUCUAAUGGAAAAUCAAGCCGAAAAGCUACAGGAUCAUCAGCCCGAAGUUCUAAUGUAGCAUUAUCAAAGCGAGGAUCUGAUAGAAGAAGGAAUGCAACUACUAUGUAUGUUUUGAGAGAUUCUGUGAAAAAUUCCACAAUCAAGGACAAGUCAAAGUAUGUUCUUGCGGCAAAGCGGGAGAAUCAACUGCACUCUGACAAGUCCACUCUGUUUUCUACAGUCGGAGCUGAAGUGUCAGAAGAAAGUGGAAAAAAAAAAGUUCUGCUUCUGAAUGGAAAAGAAAGGGGGAUAUCUCAUAACCAGCAGAACCAGCGUCGUGAAAGCAAUGGAGGAAGGGUUAUCAAAAGCAUACUUCAAAACAAGAAUGCCCAUCAAAAUCGUUCUUCUGGAGCCCACUGUGAUCUGCAAAUUCAGGCUCCAAAUAUGGAGGACAGACGCCAUUCUCGAUCUCAACAUGGACAAUUGGUUUUGAAGGAUACCAAUGGCUCUUCAGACUAUAAGUUUGUUGGAAUUAAUUAUGCAGGCUUUCACAAACAUCUUGGUCGUCGUGGACCAACAAAUAGUGUAAAGGACGAUUCAAAGAGAGUUGGUUCCUCUGGUUAUGGUUCGCAGGAGAAACAAGUAUGGGUUCAGAAGUCUAGUUCGGGCUCUUAGUGUUUUUGACUUGAUGAUGAGGAGUUGUAAACAACAGAGCUUGGGAACAUGUUGUCUCAAAUGGAGAGGAGAAUCCAAUCUGAAUGAUUCAGAUUUGAGAUGUGGGAUGGUGAAGUUAUAAGAAUGCAUGCAGUGAGUUGAGGAAUUAGUGUUAAUUGGUUAAGUUUGUCACGGACAGACAAAGGAAUAUAGGAGAAAGGAAAAUGGAGGGGAGGGGUAACAUUGGUUUUGGAUGAUUUUAGGUGUUUUUAGGAAGAAGAAUGUAAAUAUAAUGAAAGAGCAAAGCAGUAGAAGACUGCUGAAAUGCCUAGCAUCUUCUAUAUUUGCUCUGAUUGUUUGUGGCUUGGUGAGGUGAGUGAGGUGAGGUGAGGUGAGGUGAGUAGAAGAGACAGGAGAUGGAGAUGUGCUUGGGCACUUUUGGGAUUUCAGUUAGGAAUAUAUAUCUACUAUAAUGUACUGUGAUUAUCGAAAGAAAGAUAAUUUACAGACAUUUUCCCUUUUGUGCCUUUGGUUAUUUUUCUAAAGUGCUUUAAUAUUUAUAUAUAUGUGUUUAUUAUUUUUAUGAUCGUGAACUCAAUGUAUCUAAUCUUAUAUAUGAAUAAUAUGAAUAGACACGGGUGUUUCGGAAA